AUGAUAGCCACGGUACGCUUCAACCAGUACGAAAGACUAACUGAAAAGAUAAUGACUGGAGUGGGAUCCGAACCCGCACCCUCACCCUCACCCACACCCACAGAUAUUGAUCUACAUCAAAUUUUGCGAGAAUCUGGUUUUACAGUUAUGGCUCUAACGCAACCCUGUUUGACCAAGGAGCAUACAUUUUUCCUCGAUAAACUGUACUAUACAUUGAAUUUCGACGAUCAAAACCGUAUUGGUUCAGUCAAACUUGACAAUGACAAGAUUAAUGAGAGAUCCUUAUACUAUGUACAAUUCACAGGCCGAGCCUAUGACCUUUCUAAUAUCAGUAAUAAACCCGCAACCAAAGAAUUAAACUAUUAA